UUCUCCCAAUGUCAAUCACCAAUAUAUUUUCAUUCCUGCUGGCGCUCGUAUUGUUUACGGGCAGCCAUGUCCUGGCAGCGGAAAGAUGUGUCUAUUGUCGAGGCAUUAAUUGCCAAAGGAGUAGCUAUAGUGGUGAGGAAGCGUGCUCGGAUCGGUUGGAUACCUGUGUCAGUGUUUUCCAAGGUGGCAUUAUCCAGGCCCAAGGAUGUUGGGAAAGUCUAGAGGAUAAUUGGCGGGGAAAGUGCAAAGAAGGCGGCAAGGAAACAGGAGUUGAUUGUGAAAUUUGUGUUUUGAAUAAAUGCAACAAUGUGAGCUCCAAACGAGCUGCCUGUCUUCAGUGUAAUAGUACUGAGGACACCCAAUGUGCAGAAGCUCCUGAACUUUUAAAAGCCCAAUCGUGUUCUAUUGCAAGAACGGGAAGGAGUUUUUGCUACUCGAGUAUCGUGGGGGAUCUUGUGGAAAGAGGAUGUUCUUUAAGUCUUUCGGAUCAAAUUAAGUGUCUGGCUGAUAGAAAUUGCCAUUUGUGUGAUCCCUUGGAGCUACCCCACUGCAAUGAUCAGAUUGUUAAGGAGGAUGAUUCUCCCACAACCGAUACAACGACUGAUUCAACAACAGACUCAACGACAAGUUCUUCUGGUUCAACAGAUUCCAGCACCUCCACUAGUUCUUCCACAAGUUCUUCCACAAGUUCUUCUACGAGUACCUCCACAAGCUCUCCAACUACUCCAACAACAGUCUCACCUACUACUCCAACGACAGUUUCACCAAGCACUUCUACAACCACAGAGAUCCCAACAACUAAACCAAAUUCAGCUUUCAGAUUGCAAGUUUCCAUUUUGCUGAUCUUUGCUCAAUUGGCACUUGGCGUUUAUAAUCUUCAUAAAUAAGCCGGCAAUAUUCACUUUGGUUUUUUAGUUUUUAAUUCCCACGACCUUCUCCAAAAACCCCUAAUCUAUGUACGGACUAUUGUUAAACUAAUUUUUAUGAAAUGACCAUAAAUAUGCCGCCUUCAACUACAA